GUACAGAUGUUACCGGUGUAUUGUAAUGCACGCGCAACAUGCCAACGUUCUGCAAUACAAAGAAACUUAUUGCACGAGCGAUUCACCGGAACCAAGUCUGCUGACCCAAUGCGGCACGUUGACCAGCGACGCCACUCUGGUCUCUCUGUUUCGCUCCAAUGCAGCGCCGCUGCCCUGUCCCAUUAAGGGUCCCUUGGAGUUCACGUACAGCCAGGGCGAGGGCGAGUGCAAUUCGCCGCGGUCACGGGCGGAAGCGUGCACGCAGGACUCGCGUCUGCUCCUGCGCUACCAAGCGUGCGCAAACGUUCACUCGUCCGAAAGCGUGGACGUAGAAUUGGAGUGUCUGGCUCAUUGGAGGGAGGGCAGCACAAAUUACAUGGUCGCGCGUUUGCACAGCGAUCGUAACGAUCGUAAAACAAGCGACGAGGAGAGCUAUAGAUGCUUUAUUUACACAAAUCCAUCGAACAACACGUGGAACCUCGCGCAGAGCUCGGAUGCCGCCUGCAAUGGAUUGAUCAGCGUCAGCGAGGCCGCCAGAACGUUCAAGAUGACACAGAAAAAGCUACCGCAGCAUUGCGCGUUUCCGUCCUGGGUGGUGGCCGGUAAAUCGUGGGUGGCUUUGGAUCGAAUGGGUUCCCGGCUCCUGGCGUCGUCUUACAACCUCACGAUCCUCGACCGAAACGAGACCCGCCUUGUUUGCCAUUCAGUUGUCAACUCUGAUGAUCAUCGCUAUCACCGUUCCAUGCCGAUCGAUAGGGAGAACCAGAGACAGUUCGUCGCGAAGGCAACGCGGGAUUGCAAGAACGGAUACGUGUGCGUCAUGUUCCACAGGAGGGACGAGCACGUAAUAGAGAUGCAACUGUCGGAAUGGGGCCAGCAGCCCGACGAUAUAUGCAACUCGAGCACGUUCAACUCGCACACGAUGCCGUACACGACGUUCAUCACGUCCGAUCCGAUGACCAGGCAAUGCCCCAAUCUCGGUCGCUACAAUAUCGUAUCGUUGUUUCGGCCACCGAACGCCGACAAUGUUGAGAGCGUAUUGACCGUCGACGGCGAGCAGAACGUUGCUAACGCAGCGGAGGUGCACGACGUGAGAGUGCCCUCGACAGCGUUCCCAAGCCAGUGCCACCACGGUAGUGUACGUAGACUGGACAUCGGUUGCAGGACACCCGAUCGCAUGGAGUUCGCCACGUCUUGCAGCGACGAGGCGUUAUCCGAGUACUUAUGCCACGGAACUUGGGUGGAGAACGACACCGCUUACUUGGUGGCUAGCACCGACGUCGGGCGUUACUGCCUCGUUUACAGCGCGUCCGCCGCGACGACAGGAAGUCGUGAACUCUCGGUGACGGGCCAUCUCGCUUCCUGUCCGAGGGCCUCUCAUCGCUAUCCAGUCUCGUGGCAGGUGAACCUCACGUCGUACGCUCAAUGCGGCGACGCCUCGUCGGGGACCACCACGUGGGCGCUUCGGGUGCCCAUGUCUCUCGGGUGCUCGCUUCUUCACAUCGUCCUCCUCGGCGCCCUCCUCGCCCGAUACAUCGCGAGGUGAUGCCACUGAGCCGAGACGCGCCACAUACCGGUGGCUAUAUAGUUGAAAGGACAAAGACUCUUAUUGCGAAAUAUUGCAUUUGCGGUGAUUAUGUGUGAGACGUUCCGGUACGGUGUGGUAAACUAAAUAAUCAAUCUUAGGACGUAAGUGCGAGCGCGAGCGCGAGUGCGUCAUUACGCAGGGAUGGGGGUAAAAGUGAUUAAGAAAAAUAAAAUAGACAAGUCGGAAACGGGUAAGGUAUAUAUACAUAAUAGAAAUGCAUGUGCCAGCCCCGCGAAUGUGGCAGAGCCGAGUGCGAGAGCCGGGAGGCUUUACGAAUGUACAUAAAAAUCGGAUGCGUUCACGAAACGCGAGCUUCCUACACACGUUCCGCUAUACGAGAGAUCGUUCGAAAUAACGUUAUUAUUGAAGAAAGAGUCAAAACUUAACUACCUUAUUGCAAAAAAAGUGUAUAAAAAUAUUAUACAUACAUGUAUAAUUAAUUCAAGCCUUUUUUAAUGUCGUACGUUUUUUACAGAAUUUUUUUAUUAUCGUUAUUAAUAGUAUCUCUUCAUAAAUUAUAAAUAAAGAGAAGAAAUGUUUUACUGCAUUGGUUUUUAUAUGCAACAGCUGCGAAAUAUUCCUCCCUCUUAUUCAAAUUUUAUUGAUACAAGCAGUUGCGGAAAUUAUCCUCUAAUUACCACGCCCAACCGUGAUCGCAGCGGAAAAAUAUGUCAUAUUUAUCGCUCUCGAGCGAACCUCGUUUGUGUUGCCUUCAUACAUCGGAGGAUUUGUUACGUUUCUCUCUGAUAAAAAAGGUCAAAGCGAGAACGUGUUGCGUGGCGGAUGUCUUCGUACGUAGAGUUGGCGUGGAUUUGCGUUGUUGUAUGUAUAACGGUGUACGUUUGCCUUUGAAGAUGUGAAGAAAACCCAACGACGACUUAUUGAGUUUCGCGAAAAGAGCCGCUGGUUUCGCGAGGUCGUGACCGGAAAUAAGGGGCGACGCGUUCGGGCUCUUAUUUGUGCUUUUAUCUUUUACAGACGGUGUCUUGUCGCAAGAUGCGCAUUUAUUUAUUACGUCCAUUUAUAUGUAUCUAUUUAUACACAGCAUUAAAGUGCAAUCGUAAUUCCUCAACUUUUACUUAAUUUGAUUCUUCGAUUAUUUCAUCCCUUAAUCUUAUAUUAUAGCAGCUAAAUGUUGAUAAAUUCUUUUGAAUAUGUACAUACACACAAAUUCUCAUUUAAAAAAUAUUUUCUGUCAACGAUCUAAUACUAAUUUCGCUCGAUAUUAUGCAAAUUCUUGACGCUUGUACUAGUCGUCGCGUGAGAUGAUGUAAUAAUAAAAGAAAAUAAUAAGGGUGCUGGGGCCAAUAUUAUACGAAAUGAGUGUUGCUCAUAGAUCGAGAGGGAGUAAAAGAGAGAAUAAAAGAACGAGAGAGAGAGAGAGUGAGAGUGAGAGUGAGAGAGAGAAAGAGAGAAAGAGAGAGGAAGUGAUAGAUCUAUAACUACUUAGAAGUAGCUCCGCAGCCGCUGCCACAUUCGCCGGACGCGUUCGACGCUUCUAAGUGCGACGGGCGAUACAUGUACUUACUUAGAGAAGAAUAAGAGAACUGCCACGUCCAACCUGUAAUUAUACGCAUUUCCGUUAAAAGCUUCGUGGCACGAAAUCGCUCUUUGCCGUUGGAGGAGCCGCUGUAAAAAGAGAGAAACCAUACGAACGAUUAUUACUGUAAUUACUACUAUCGCUGUUAGAACCAUAAGGGCAGAAUAACGAACGAGAUGAACGGACUCUUUGCUCCUAAAGAAUUCCUCGCUUUCUUUUGUACACCUCGCGCGGGAGAGAUAUUUAUCGAGAUGGGAGCGUUUAGGUAUGUAAGUCACUCUGUAAAAAAAAAACUACACUGAUCCGCCAUUGAACUUUAAUCCUCGUGCGAUGAAUGUGAGGUCGAUACCUACUGUACGCCAUCAAGAGUUUCUGUGAAGUGAUCGAGAAAUCUCGGUCGUGCGAUCCUAUUCUGGGUGUCAUAGUCGUAACGCGAAACGAAAAUGUACUUGCAGCGCAAGAACUCGAGAUGAUAACAAUCUGAGAUAAACACGAAAUAUCACUGCCGUCAAUCAUUUUCUCUAAUGCGAAAGAACUUAAUUAGGUUGAAAGAAUGAAAUAAUGAUGGCACAAACGAUUAUUUUAAUGACUCACGAAAUAGAAUACGAUAGUUAAAAGAUUAAAUUUUGCGGAUUUAAAAGAAAUGUCGAAUAAGUGUUCGAUUGAUUUAACAAAAAUUCAAUUUAAUCUCUUUUAUUUAUUUCACAUAAAUAUGAUUCUUCGCGAUACUAAUCGAAAUAUUGAAGACAUAAGAUAAGAAAAGAAGUGCAAUUUGAAAAUAAUAUUAUUCGAUUCAAUUAUCAAAUGAUCAUGGAAGAUCAUUGCAAUACAACAUAUCGGUAAUCGGAGAGAAAAUAGGCAGUAGAUUAGGCUGCAUGCGAUAUUAAUGAUAAAUAACAUUCAGGUCUUUUCCGUAAAAUUUAGCCAUAAUCUUUACGAAUAAUUUGACAUGUUCCUUGAAAGAGUCUGAAAUUAGUAAAAUAGAUUCCGAACUUUCAUGUGAUUUUUCAGGAAUGAUCCAAUAAAGAUAAAUCUUAACAUUAUACAAUGAACCUUUGAGAAACUAAUUAAUUACGGAUUUAAUUUUAAAUCGACCGUGUAUCAGAUUUUGUUGAAUACAAUUUAAAACGUUGAGAGUUAUUGUAUAAAAAGAAAAGAGUUACGAAAACGGCGAUAGUGCGAUCGUUUGAUACGAUCCUCGUAACAGAAACCAACAUGUCGACAAGAUAUACAUAUUUUUUAUCCGAAAUAUUUUAAUUAUAGGGCUCUCUGAUCGCAAGACGGAGGGCAGGAACGGUAUUCGACCGCGUAUUAAUCGAUUAUACACAUUUACUUGGGCAGUUAGAUAUACGCAAACAAUAUAA